AUGGCAGAGACAGUCCUGGCCUGGCAGGCACAUGCAGCAAGCGGAGGCAUCGAAAUGCAUCUGACACUCGACGAGAUCCCAACCCUCGCCGAUAAACCUAUCGACAAGGACGAACUCCUCAUCCAAGUCUACUCGGCCUCCAUCAACCCGGUCGACUACAAGCUCCUUGAAGUGCCCAUCGCUGGGAAACUUGCCGUUGGAUUUCCGAGUACACCCGGGUUGGACUUUCUUGGCAAAGUUAUCAAAUCCGGUACUCUCGUGGACAGCGUUCGCAAUGGACAACUCGUCUUUGGCAGGCUCCCUAAACCGUCUGUGCACGGAUCACUCGGCGAACAGAUGAUUGCGCCGGUCUCAGCUUGCUGUCCCGUCCCAGACAGUGAUGUCAAGUCGGAAGAUCGUGCAAGAUUGGAUCAAUACGCUGCUUUUGGUACUGCAGGCCUCACUGCCUACCAAUGUAUCGCUCCCUUCACAAAAAAGGGAGAUCGCAUUUUCAUCAAUGGUGGAAGUGGUGGUACAGGCAGUUAUGGCAUUCAAAUUGCUCGUAACUUGGGCCUUCACAUCACCGUCUCUUGUUCCUCCAAGAAUGCAGAGUUUUGUAAGCAACUUGGCGCUGAAGAGGUGCUGGCGUAUGAUCAAUGCGAUAUCCUAACAAGUCUUCGAGAACGCGCUGCUCAGUUUGGAGAGUUUGAUCAUGUUGUGGACAACAUCGGUUCCCCACGUGAUCUGUACAAGGCAUCCAGCAGCUUCCUCAAGGAGUCUGGUCAUUUCGUGCAGGUUGGGGUUGAGCAAAAUAUCCAAGCAACCCUCAAUCUUGCCUCUCGCAAGCUCCUCCCAAGCUUCCUCGGUGGCGGUACUCGCAAGUUUCAUUUUUUGUUUACGGAGAAUAAGCUCGAAGACUUUCGACAGUGUGCAACGUGGAUUAGCGAGGGGAAACUUGAAGUAAACUUGACGACUUUCAAGAGGUCUGAAGCAGUAGAGGCUUUCAAUCAGCUCAAGUCACGCAGGACCCAGGGCAAGAUUAUUGUGCGCAUGCAUGAUUGA